AUGCGUUGUUUAAUCGAUUACGAAAAAUUGAUCCAAAAUUUGGAGAUCGUACGAAAACGAUUGAAUCGUCCAUUGACACUAUCUGAAAAGAUACUCUAUUCACAUGCCGACGAACCUGAUAAACAGUCAUUCGAACGUGGUAAAUCGUACCUUCGUCUACGUCCUGACCGUGUAGCCAUGCAAGAUGCCACGGCACAAAUGGCUGUUCUACAAUUUAUUUCAUCUGGUCUACCGAAAGUUCUCUGUCCAACAACAAUCCAUUGUGAUCAUUUAAUCGAAGCUCAACUUGGUGGUGAAAAAGAUAUGCAACGUGCAAAAGAUAUUAACAAAGAAGUUUACAACUUUUUGGCUACUGCUUGUGCUAAAUAUAGUAUUGGAUUUUGGAAACCGGGUAGUGGUAUUAUUCAUCAAAUUAUUCUUGAAAAUUAUGCUUUUCCCGGUUUGUUACUAAUCGGUACAGAUAGUCAUACACCAAAUGGUGGUGGUUUAGGUGGUUUAUGUAUUGGUGUUGGCGGCGCAGAUGCAGUUGAUGUCAUGGCUAAUAUGCCCUGGGAAGUGAAAUGUCCUAAAGUCAUCGGCGUGAGAUUGCUGGGCCAAUUGAAUGAAUGGUCUUCACCAAAAGAUAUUAUCUUGGCAUUAGCUGGUAUUUUAACAGUUCAAGGUGGUACUGGAGCAAUUAUUGAAUAUUUCGGGCCAGGUGUCGAAUCAAUUUCAUGCACAGGCAUGGGUACUAUUUGUAACAUGGGCGCUGAAAUUGGUGCAACAACAUCGAUCUUUCCCUACAAUUCACGCAUGAAAGAAUAUCUCAAUGCAACAAAACGGGAAGACGUUGCUGAACUGGCCGAUAAAUAUAAGGAUAUCUUGUUGAUAGCCGAUGAAGGUGCACGAUAUGAUCGAGUGAUUAGUAUUAAUUUAUCUGAGCUGGAACCACAUAUCAAUGGUCCGUUUACACCCGAUCGAGUUCAUAUGAUCGGUCAAUUGGGUAAAGAAGCUGUCAAAAAUGGUUGGCCAACCGAGAUUCGUGUUGGUCUGAUUGGUAGCUGUACGAAUAGUUCCUAUGAAGAUAUGGCUCGUGCAGCAAGUAUUGCUCAGCAAGCCAUCGAUAAAGGUAUUAAAGCUAAAUGUGAAUUUGUUGUUACCCCCGGUUCGAAUCAAAUUCGUGCAACAAUCGAACGCGAUGGAGUUGCGGAUAAACUUCGUGCCAUCGGUGGUGUACUCUUGGCAAAUGCUUGUGGUCCAUGCAUCGGUCAAUGGGAUCGAAAAGAUGUAAAGAAUAACGAGAAGAAUACAAUUGUUUGUUCGUAUAAUCGCAAUUUUCCUGGACGAAAUGAUGGCAAUCCGCAUACACAUGCUUUUGUCACUUCACCAGAGCUUGUUACAGCAAUGGUUCUUGCAGGUGAUCUUCAUUUCAAUCCUCUGACCGAUUCAUUGACAGCUGCCGAUGGAUCAAAAUUCAAACUCCAAUCGCCACAUGGAGAUACACUUCCCGCGAAUGGUUUUGAUGCUGGUGUUGAUAAUUAUCAGGAACCACCUCAAGAUGGUUCUUCAUUGGUAGUCGAUGUUGAUCCGAAAAGUGAUCGUCUACAAUUACUCGAACCUUUUCAAUCAUGGGAUGGCCAAGAUCUUACUGAUAUGCCCAUUCUAAUGAAGAUCAAAGGCAAAUGCACAACCGACCACAUUAGUCCUGCUGGUGUCUGGCUCAAGUAUCGUGGUCACUUAGAUAAUAUUUCAAAUAAUAUGCUCAUUGGCGCUAUUAACGAGGAGAAUGGCGAAGCUAAUAAUAUUCAAAAUACGAUGACUAAUCAGCAGGGUAAAGUACCAGAUACAGCUCGUUAUUACCAAAGUAAAAACAUCCCAUGGGUCGUGAUCGGUGAUCAGAAUUAUGGUGAAGGUAGUAGUCGUGAACAUGCUGCACUUGAGCCACGUCAUUUGGGAGGUCGAGCCAUUAUCGUGAAAAGUUUUGCUCGUAUACAUGAAACGAAUCUGAAAAAACAAGGUCUCUUAGCGUUGACAUUCGAUAAUCCAGAUGAUUAUAAUAAGAUUAAACCAAGUGAUCGAAUCUCGUUGAUUGAUUUGAAAUCAUUUGCACCGGAUAAGCAAAUCGAAUGCCAUGUAAAGCAUCUCAAUGGUGAAACAGAAACUAUUAAAUUGAAUCAUACUUUUAAUGAAGCACAAAUCGAAUGGUUCAAAGCUGGAUCGGCCUUAAAUGCCAUGAGAACCUACUUCGCUUCAAGCGAAAGACAAUCGAAAAGUAUCGAUUCGCCUGUGAACACAUAG